CCGGCUGCCCCGGCAGCUCUUCCCGGUCCUCUGUCCUCCAGUAGCCGGUGGAGAAGAGUGCGCAGCGGCCUUUGAAAGCGGAGCCGUUGAGAGCCAUGGGGACGACCACCAGCAAGCCCGCCGCCACCGACAGGGCGUGAGCCGCACAGUGGGCCAGCAACAGCCGCCGGUCCAGCUCCAUGAACUAUAAACAUGACUUGGUCUCCUCAGUCGUACCAAGCUUAGAAAAAUGUGCCAGGUGUUUGGACCCUUUUCCCCCUUGAAGUGGAUUGGUGCGAGAUGUAAAGAAGAUGACACGGGCCUUCCUCGCCAUCUUCGAGGGUACGGCAGCGACGUGUGGCAGCCGAAGGAGGAGUGGGCGCUGCUUCCCCUGCUGUCGGGGGAAGCCCAUCGAGCCGCACACAUCUUGCCAGCGUCAUCCAGACAUUGCUAUGAGCAGCUCCGGAGGGCGGUUCUGGCCAGGCUGGGCAGCACACCCGAGGGACACCGCCGCCGGCUCCAGAGCCUGCCCUUUGAGGACGCUGGCCGCCCGUUCGCUUCAGCCGGGUACCAACUCCGCAGAGGACGUCAUUGGGCAGGUUGCACUGGAGCAGUUCAUCGCCGGACUGCUAACCUCCUCCGCGAACUGGGUCCAGUGCCACCGACCUGCCACCCUCGUAGUUCUCCCUUCCACGGCGGAGCCUGGGGGGCAAAGCCUGGGGGGCAAAGCCUGGGGGGCGAAGUCUGGGCCACUGCUCCGCCACAGGUCUGGCCCCUGCCCUAUGCCACACUCCGUGGGUCCGGCCUUCACCUCCGGUGCAGCUGGAGCGCAGCACCAUGAACGCAACCAGCUGCAGCUAACAUACCAAGACAACAGCAAGGUCCAUCUGCAGUCGACUCCCCUCCCACCCCUUUCCACAAAAUAAGAACAUGUAGGACAAUACAGGGUCCCUGCUAGGGUGGAGGCGUCCCACCACCGUACUGAAGGUUUAGAAGAAUCAUUACCUAGAUACAGCAGUGCUCAGACCAGGGCAAACAAGCAGAACUUGGAACGCAACAGGCUGCAGCCAACGUACAAAGAGAACACUGAAGUUGAUCUGCGGCCAACCCGCUUCCCACCCAUUACAACAAAGGAAGAAUCUGCAGGACAAUGCUUGGUCUCUGCUGGGGUGGAGAAGUCCCACUACCAUCCUGCCGGUAUCAAAGAAGCAUUGCCCAGAUACGGCACCACAUACGUGGUACGUCCCACCAUAUUCUUCUUGUGGCUAUCCCAAAUGUGUGAAUCUUUCUCCUCACCCCUCUACUCACUGUUUUAUUUUGUCUAUCUAACACCUGCAACUGUGGGAACUUUCCACACCCCAACCCCCUUUUCUAUUCCCUGUCUUUCAAAUGUAUUUUUGUGUCUACCUAAUAUCUGCCAAUGUCUGACUUUUGGGUCAACUGUGACAAUAUUCCACCCCUCCUUCUCCUGACUGUCUGUAAAAUACAUGAACACAGUUUUAUCGGGGUUCUUCCUCACGCAGACUGCUUGCGUAUGAUUGUAUUGAACCUUCUUUGCAAAGA